CCCAUGCAGCUGCCUGUACACUUAUUAAAUUUGGACGCUUUAGUAUCGCAGGCCGCAGGAGCAGGGGUUAUUAGUAUCUGGUCACACAUACUCUGGCAUAUGUACACAAACGCCCCGACAGGCCAAGAGACACACUUAGCACGUAAUUUACAGAACUAUUGCACCUUGAUCUUAAAUCAAUUUGGAUUUUGUUUUCGAUUACUAAUUUUUUCAGAGACUAUAUCAGAUUGUUACUUGGUACCAGUGUCCUAUACAUACGACAGUGUCGCUGAAGGUGUCUUUCUAGACGAGUUGAUGGGGAUUCCCAAGAAGCGCGAAAGUGUUUUCCGUGUGCUAUGUGGUGUAGUGAAGAGUUUGGGCAAGUCCAGACGUUGCGGUUCGGUGCGGAUGCACUUUGGAAGUCCCAUUCUCCUUACGGUUCUAUCUACACAUCUUUUAAUUCUUCAACGCAUGAUCCUAGAUAUCAUUAUUACAGGAUUACAUGAAAAACUUGUACCAUGGCAAACAGGACAUAGAGAAAAACCGGACGACAGGAGCUUAAUCAGAGCUAUAGGUUACCAUGUCGUACAUGAGGCGCAGUCUAUAAUUUCCAUAUCCUUGGUUUCCGUAGUCUGCUCUUUGUUAUUGUGCAAGUUUCGUCAAGGUGUUUCCAUAAACGUACUCUCAGCCGAUUGUCAGUGGUUGUGUGAUCUAAUAGUCGCUGAUGGAUCUGAUGUGGUGGGAUGGCAUGGAGGAGAGACCAGUGGUCGAGAUGCGAUAGAGGUAUUCUAUGCUCUACCACACAUACAUGACUCGAUUGAGCGUGUCAUUGACGAAGAUGCCGAUAAUUACAAUAUUUGCCCCGUCACUUCUCAUCGUCAACUUCUCAACUUGGCAUUCAACAAGAACGCGCUUGUUCCUUUGUUUGCUCUACGUUCGGCUAUAGUUGGUGGAGUCAGUGGAGGGGGUGGGGAAGACGGAGAUGGAUUUUACUGUGUUCUGCAUCUCCAACUCGCAGCAUGCAAGGCAAGAUGGUUGCCCGGCUUUGCAGAGUUGCAGUGGAGCUUAGAAACGAUUUUCUGCAGUUAA